AUGCGAGAUGAUGGCACUGGGUGCUCUAUGGGCGUCGAGGAUGCCUUUGGCCCAACAGUUGUUGGCGCCUGCGCUGGGGGAUUUGAUUUCACGCUCCUCUUCGAAGAGGGCAUUCUCACCCUCCUACCACUGGGUAUUGCUCUUGCAUGGGCAUCAAUUCGAUUACUGGCACUUCGCGCCGAAACUGCUAAAGUCUUGCCGUCAUGGCUCCUGGCUUUCAAGAUGGUUCUGUUUGCCACCUACGUGAUCCUACACAUUUCCCUUUUGGUAGUGUGGCUAGUUCAUGACAUUACAACUACCAGGCUUACCAUAGCAUCCAUUGUCAUGACAAUAGUUGGUUAUACUCUGCUCACGAUCACGUCGUAUCUUAACCAUUUGCGUUCGAUCCGCCCAUCCACCAUGCUGUGCGUAUAUUUAGGCACAUCGAGCCUUCUAGAUCUCGCCCGCGUCCGCACCCUCUUCAUCAUCCCAGAGAGUCAGACGGUUGCUCCAAUCUUUCUCGCCGGCUUCUUGACGAAGCUUCUGAUGUUCUCUUUAGAGCUAAGAGAGAAACGACGUCUUCUUUGCAUCGAAUGGAAAAACGCAUCCCCUGAAGAAACUAGUGGUGUUAUCAACAGGGCACUCUUCAUCUGGUUAAAUCAUAUCUUCCUCAAGGGAUUCCGAACAAUUCUAAGUAUUGAUACCCUGACCAUUUUGGAUGAAGAGAUACUCUCGGCUUCAAAACCGACUAAACUAGCAAGCCGCUGGGCAGGAGCCAACAAAUCUAGCAAGCAUGCACUUCUUGGAACAUUCCUUGCGCAUUACAAAUGGGAAAUUCUGGCUGGAGUUCUACCAAGAGUAGCCUACACUGGGUUCAGCUUUUCGCAGCCAUUUCUAGUGGAGAGAGUCCUCACAUUUACCGAGGAGCCAAGAGAUCCAAGUACAAGAAGCACUGCCUAUGGACUGAUAGGCGCGUAUGCCAUCGUUUAUAUUGGGCUCUCUCUAUCCUACGCAGUAUAUCAACACAAGACCUAUCGUUUACUUACAUUGUUUCGUGGUAGUUUGAUAACUCUGAUAUUUGGCAAAACCCUAAAGAUUGACGCUACAGUCACAGAAGAUGCUGAAGCAAUCACUUUGAUGAGUGCAGAUAUCGACCGUAUUGGUUCCAGUAUGACUCUUAUCCAUGAACUCUACGGAGCUGUCAUAGAUACAGCAUUGGCCAUUUGGCUUUUGUAUCGGCUCAUCGGGCUAGCCUUGGUGGCCCCAAUUGUUUGGAUCAUACUCUCGCUGAUUAUAGGGGUUCCUCUCGCGGUCGCUGCAGGCAAUGCUCAAAUUCCGUGGCUGGAAGCAAUAGAGGAGCGCCUCGCUGCAACCUCGAAAGCGUUGUGCGCAGUGAAAGCAAUAAAAAUGACAGGUUUGUCCGAGAUUGUGUCGUCAAAGAUUGCAAAUUUCACCUCUUCGGCGUUGGCCCCGGUCUGGGGUUUUACAACGUACAUCCUUCUCGCGAGAUCAAACGACUCAGGAACCUUGACACAAGCCGUCGCAUUUUCAGCAUUGAGUCUAUUCGAACUGCUGAACGAGCCAUUGGGGUUCAUGAUAGAUGGUUUUGAACAAGUCCAGACGGUGAUAAACUCUUUCAACCGCAUUCAAGAAUACUUGGAGUCUAGUGAACGCGAAGAAUAUCGAUCCUCGUCCAAGACAGAGGCUCUGUCCUCCAACCCUAUCUUUUCAAACCUCGAAGUAAGCGAGAAGAAGCCUACUGAUGAAUGCGCACCAACUCAAUCGAACUGCCACUAUGCUGUUACUAUGCACGAUGCUUCGGCCGCGUAUGCUUCAGAAGAUGGGAAUAUUCUUAAGCACCUCAACCUUCAAAUCCCUCACGGCCAGAUCACCAUGAUUGUCGGCCCUGUCGGCUCUGGCAAGACUACACUCCUGAAGCUCUUGCUAGGGGAGAUGCCAGUAACCGCGGGCCGCAUUUCCACCAGCUUUUCAACCGCAGCAUACUGUCCUCAGUCACCUUGGAUUACGUGGGGUACCAUCCAGAACAACAUAGUGGGCAUGUCUACGUGGGAUGAGGCUUGGUACGACAGUGUCGUGCGUGCAUGCGCUCUCCCUGCGGACAUUCUGGAGCUGGGCAAUGGUGAUCAGACCAAUGCGGGCACUCGCGGGUCUCGACUAAGUGGUGGACAGCAGAUGCGAGUUUCACUUGCCCGGGCUCUCUAUUCCAGGAAUCCUGUCAUGGUGCUCGACGAUGUCCUCGCUGGACUCGAUCGGGCUACAGAAAAAUACAUCAUUGAAGCACUCUUCGGAUCUACGGGAUUAUUUAGGAAGUUAAAUUGCACUGUCAUUCUAUCUACGAGCUCAGGUAACCGUUUGUCGCCAUUCAUUCUGAAAUUUGCUCACAACAUCAUCGUCCUCAAUGAUCAAGGCGAGAUAUCCGAACAGGGCACUUUGGAAAGUAUCUCAGUCGCCGGCUUGGAGUAUCAAAGCCUCGAGCGCUCCUGUCCAGGUGCAACGCCCCGGCCGGAGAUGGGCCUCCCCGAGGAGGUGUUGCAGGAGCUUGAGCAGCUUGAAACCCCAGACCCAGAAUCUCGCCGGCUGGCGGACUAUUUCAGUGUACUUCGUCGCCUGUGCCGGGCUUGUGGUUGGCGUCACCUUUCCAUUCCUGUAGCUCUUUGGGUCCAAUGGUGGACCAACGCGAACGAGAAACACCCCAGCGAUCGCCUUGGGUACUGGCUGGGCGUCUAUGGAGGGCUCGCGCUCAUUACAGUCCUGAGCUGCGCUUUGGCGGAUAGCAUUUUCAAUAUGAGAGUACUGCCCAGGACCGCAAGAAGGUUCCACGAACUAUUGUUAAACACCACUAUGAGAGCGAAAACUUCGUUUCUCACAUCUGUUGACGCUGGCACCACGCUUAAUAGGUUUAGCCAAGACCUGGAAUUAAUCGACAACGACCUCCCCAUGUCGAUUGACCAAACCAUCUUCCAGUUUUUCUCCGUCAUCGUCUCCGCCGUUUUCGUCUUCAUGGGCUCGGGCUACGUAGCCGCCGCCAUCCCGUUCUGCAUUCUCGCCGUCGUCUUGAUCCAGUUUUACUAUCUGCGAACAUCUAGACAACUCCGUCUUCUAGACAUCGAGGCCAAAGCACCGCUCUUUUCGCACUUUUUGGACACCAAUAACGGCCUGACGUGUAUCCGAGCCUACGGAUGGACGCAAAGCUACUUGGAACGGCACUAUGAAGCUUUGAACGCUUCGCAGAAGCCGUACUACCUGUUGUGGUGCAUACAGAGAUGGCUUACCCUUGUUCUUGACCUUUUGAAUGCCGGAGUUGCUAUCCUGCUAGUAUCAGUCGCUUGCACCACGCAAACUGGCUCCACGGGAUUUCUAGGUGUGGCCCUCUUCAACAUUGUCACAUUUGGAUCGACCCUCCAGAAUCUCGUCAGCCAGUGGACUCGUCUAGAGACAGCACUUGGGGCGAUUGGCAGGACGCGAUGGUAUGUUUCAAAUGUCAAGGACGAGAAUCUUCCCGACGAGGGUGGUGAAGCUCCCCAGGGUUGGCCAGUUCAUGGCACGAUUACGUUCAAGGCGGUUUCGGCUUCAUAUGAUUCUUCAGUCGAGCCGGUUCUGAAAGACAUCAGCCUCAAUUCGUCUCUUAUAUCUACAUUGGCCCAUCUAUUAGAAAUCACCUCCGGCACGAUUUCCAUCGACGACAUCGACAUCAGUACAAUUCCACGAGAAGAAGUACGCAAGCGUCUCAACACCCUCCCGCAAGAACCAUUCUUUUUGCACGGCAGCGUGCGCGAAAACGUUGAUCCCCGAGAGAUAGCUAGUGACGAAGACAUCGUGGACGCGUUACGUGCUGUGGGCAUAUGGGAGUUGUUCGAAUCGAGCGGUGGACUCGACGGCCAAGUCAAUGAAGAGAAAUUGUCGCAUGGGCAGCGGCAGCUAUUCUGUCUCGCCCGCGCCAUCGUCAACCCCGCAAGGAUCCUAAUUAUAGACGAGGCGACGAGUAGUAUUGACUCAGAUACCGACAUGCUUAUUCAACGCGUGCUCCGAGUCAGGUUCCAGAGUCGGACAGUCAUUGCGGUUGCACACAAGCUGGAUACCGUACUCGACUUCGAUCGGGUCAUUGUCCUGGACAAGGGAAGAAUAGUUGAGGUGGGAAAUCCGCAAGAGCUACUAACCAUGCCAGAGUCGGCAUUCUACGCGUUACAUCACAGUGUUAGCCAAGUGGUGGGUAAAUAG